CAAAAAUAUAUUUGCACUGACCUAUAAUAUACACUUAAACUUUAAUAAGUUACUUCAAUAAUAUACAGAAAAGACGAUGUCCGAACUUGCCUUAGAAGAUAAAAGGGCGGAGUUCAUUGCAGAAUAUGUUUUGACUUCUCAUAAACUGAAAAGUGACAAAUGGAUGAAACUAUGGAAUUCCGAAGAAAUGAAGCAAAGAAUCAUCAAUUUUUUUGAGAAAUCUGACAUAACUCAAUUAUUCAUAAAUUUGACUGCGGCUGGAACAUUGACAGCUGAAAAUGAUUUUCCUGUUGGUUUUAAAUCUAAGACAUGUUUUUUCAUGAAAAAGUCGAAAGAAGCCAUACCCAAAGAUGGACUUCUUAAUAAAUACAUCUUUUAUGGGGAUCUUUCAUAUAGUCCUUUGGACCAUUUUUCUGCAUUUGUUGAUGAAGUCCUUAUCCCCGUGCUCUCGAACAAGAAAAAUUAUAGUUCUUGGCCAUCAGUUGUGUACGAAGAUGUGAUUAAGUAUGCUCACGGCCUAAAAAGACAGACCGAUAUUGUUGUUGGACAGUCGAAGGGGAAGACGCUUUUGCCUCUUCCUGUAGAACAAGACCGAAUUAAGGAACAUUUUAAAGAAGGUAAAGUAAGUCGAAGCUUUGUCUAUGCAAUCGAAUCACUCGUUAUUGACUGGUCUCAUCAAAUUCAUAAAGUAUUGCUCAAAGACUCUUCUCAGCCUCUUUUAAAUGGUUUACAUCCUACUCCACUGGUGGAAUUGGACUUUUGGAAAGCAAAAGUAACAAACCUAGAAAACAUCUAUGCCCAGUUAAGUACACUGAAAGUUAAACAAAUGGCACAGAUACUAGAACAAGCCAACAGUAGUUACUUUAUCCCAUUUAAAGAAAUGUUUAAAUCUGUUGUAACAGCUUUACGAGAAGCCCAAGAUAUUGACAUGCAUUUAAGUAUUAUGCGUACUCAACUGGAAGAUAUGGAGCAGGCUGAAUUCGAUCAAGUAUCACAACAUAUUGAACCUAUUUUCCAUGUUAUUUGUUUAAUAUGGGCAAGUUCUAAAGGCUAUCGACAGCCUGCAAGAAUAUUGGUUCUUUUGCAAGAAUUAUGUAAUCUUAUGAUUAAUCAAUGUCGAACCCACUUAGAUCCCUAUGAAAUACUGAAAGGUGAAGCAGAGGAAAUUUAUCCAAAAGUCGAAGAGGCAUUAAAAGUUUUGCAUAAAUUUAAAAACACUUAUGAACAACAUCGUCAAAAUUUACCAGUAUAUUUUGAAAAAGUAGCCAAAAAAUUAAACACUUCAAAUGAAAUAGUUUUAUGGGAAUUUAAAAAUGAAUUAGCAUUUAGUCGUUUUGAUUCAUUUGUUCAACGCGUUGAAGAAGUCCAUUAUUUAAUGACAACAGCUAUUGAAUUUCUGAAAUUGGAGAAACUUGUAUUCGGUGGGAUUGAUGGUGGUUCAUUGAAUCAACGUGUCACUGAAAUCUACGAAUCAUUCUGUAGUAGUUAUAAGAUGUUUAAUGACAGGUCGUAUGAUGUCUUGGAUCCAUUGAAUGAAGAGUUUUGCAAGGAUUUUGAAUUAUUUAAUCAAAGUGUACGCGAUUUAGAAUAUCGUCUGUCCAAUGUAAUUGAACAUGCAGUAGAUGGUUGUCCUGCUAUAGAACAUUUACUUAAGCUUAUUAGUAUCCUGCACAGUCUUUUGGAUAGACCAAUAAUAAAAGAGAGUUUUCAACCCAAAUAUAAACGUUUAAUUCAAAUGUUAAAUACUGAAAUGGAUGUAGCAAAGAAAAUUUAUGAUCAUCAUAUAAUGGGUGAAAAACUCCGGCAUGAAAGCUCAGUCCCAUCAACUCAUAAUAACAACAAAUCACUUACAAGUCCAGAGAGUAGUGAGGAAAAAGAAACACGCUCUACAAAACCUGGUCUGUACAGAAAGCAACGUACUUACUAUUCAGAGAUUCAUAAAAAUAUGCCCAGAUUAUCAGGGAAUUUAAAGUGGGCUAAUGACCUGAAAAGUCGUAUUACAUCACCAAUGGAAAUGAUUAAUCAGUUAGAUUUACCGAUAUUCCAUACUACAGAAGGUGCAAUAAUUCAGAAGAAAUAUGAUCAAAUAAUGAAACUUCUUCAAGAUUAUGAAAAAGAUGCAUUUAUUGAAUGGUCUAAAAGUGUUGAUGAGAUAUGCUCAUUUAAUUUAUCUCAACCAUUACUUGUACGUGAUUCAAACACAAAAAUGCUCAGCGUAAACUUUGAUGCGAAGCUUGUAGCUAUUCUCCGUGAAGUCAAAUAUUUGGGUAUACGUGCCAAAGAAACAAUACCUGAGUCAGCAGCUAAACUAUAUGAACAAAAUGAUAAAUUACGCAAUUUCCAUAUCAGUUUAGAUAUGAUUGUUCAAGCCUAUAGCUAUUUGUCGAAUAAACUUUUACCUGAAGAAUCACAACUUAUCACCGGUGAAAUAAACACAUUCGAUGAACAAGUGAAAAAAGCAGAAACUGUUUUAAACUGGCAGACAAGUGAUGCAUGGGAUUACAUUGAAAAAACACGGAACCAAGUCGAUGAUUUAAAACGUCGAGUUGUACAGACGCAAGAAAAUGUUCAACAGAUUCAAUUAAUUAUGACUACUUGGUCUAAACUGCCCUUGUUCGAACGUAAAGAUGGUAAACGAGAGACAUUAUUAGGAUUAGACGAUCGAGAUGACAGAUGUUCUAAACGAUAUGCAGAAAUCACUGAGGCCGGAAAACAAGUUCUUAAUCUGUUACUUGCAAACCGAGAGUUAUUCAAAGCAAAUGAAGACUAUCCUGCUUGGAAAAAAUACACAGAAUAUGUUGAUAAUAUUGUUGAGAAUGGACUUAUUCAGACAAUUGAAUGCAGUCUGAACUAUCUAAUUACAGAAACUGAAGAUUUGUCCACGACAGCUGCUCUCUUAGAAUCACAAAUGGAAUUACAGGCGCCAGAUAUUACAUUUCAACCAUCCAUGGAUACGGAAUCAAGCAAUGGUUUAUACGCACUUGUGGAUCAUAUCAUUGACGAUAUUUAUAAACAGUCAACUUUUAUCCCAUAUAUGACUAAUAUUAGCAUGAAAGACGGUUACUUGAGUAAAAUGAAUCAAAACGAAAAUCUGUCAAACAAACGUAAACUUCUCUUGGAUCGUGUUGAAGCUGUUAUGAAAAAGGCUUUAAGUUAUCGUGCACACUUUGACACAUAUGCCUAUCUAUGGAUAGAUGAUCGUAAUGAAUUUAUGCAACAAUUCCUCUUGUAUGGACAAGCUGUUAGCCAAGAAGAUCUUGAUUUAAUCAACGCCGGUGGUAUACAAGCAUCGAAUGAAUUAGGCGAUGGUCAAAGUGGUGAUAAUUUGCCUGUAUUGAAACCACCGACCCUGGAGCAAUUUAAAGAACAAAUCGAUUAUUAUGAGAAGGUCUACGAAGAGGUGGAUAAAUUAGUUGGUUCUACUAAAUUCGAUUCAUGGUUCCGUGUAGAUGCGCGGAAAUUUAAACAAGCGCUUAUAAAUGUAAUCAAAAGAUGGAGUUUAAUGUUUAAACAACAUUUAAUUGAUCAUGUUACAACAAGCUUAGAAGAUUUGAAUAAAUUUAUUCAGACUUCUACCAGUGGUUUAAGUGUAGAUCUUCAAGAUGGCAAUUAUGAUGCAUUAAUCAGUGUUAUGGGACAUUUAGGACGUGUAAAAGAUCGUCAAAUUGCAACAGAUGAAAUGUUUGAACCUUUAAAACAAACUAUUGAAUUGUUGAAAACAUACAAUCAAGAAAUGCCUGAUGAUGUCCAUCAGUUAUUAGAGACUCUACCUGAAAAGUGGAACAACGUUAAGAAACAGGCUAUACUGAUGAAACAAACAGUUGCACCAUUACAAAAUAAUGAAGUUGCUAAUAUACGCCGUAAAUGCGCCAACUUCGAUGUGAAACAACAUGUAUACCGUGAAGAAUUUCGAAAAAUUACACCAUUCAAUUAUAAUUGUCGAAAUCCUUAUGAAAUUAUUGACAAGAAUCAUCAUAGUUUAUUACAACUAGAAAUUGAAAUGACUAAUCUGCUUACAUCGGCUAGUUUAUUCGAAGUCAAUGUACCAGAGUUUAAACAAAUUAAACAAUGUCGUAAAGAAUUAAAGCUGCUUAAAAUUCUAUGGGAUUAUAUUAAUUUAAUACAGACAAGUAUACACAACUGGACGCUUAGUUCAUGGCGAUCAGUGAACGUUGAACAAUUAGAUUUGGAUUGUAAAAAAUUCGCCAAAGAUUUACGUGGUUUAGAUAAAGAAUUGCGUGCAUGGGAUGCAUAUAUUGGUAUAGAGGAUAAAGUGAAGAAUAUGCUAACCUCGUUGAGAGCAGUAAGUGAAUUACAAAAUCCAGCUAUACGUGAUAGACAUUGGAUACAAUUGAUGAAGGCUACAGGCGUUAAAUUUGAAAUGAGUGCGGGGACUACUCUAAUGGAUUUAUUAUCUUUAAAUUUACAUCAUUUUGAAGAUGAAGUACGCAAUUUAGUGGAUAAAUCUGUUAAAGAAAUGAGUAUGGAGAAGGUGCUGAAAGAAUUACACACUACCUGGUCACAGAUGACAUUUGAACAAGACGUGCAUCCACGGACUAAUUUAGCUUUAUUGAAAGCAAGUGAAGAAUUAAUUGAAACUCUUGAAGAAAAUCAAGUUCAACUACAGAAUAUGAUGACGUCGAAAUACAUUGCCUAUUUUCUAGAUGAUGUUUCAGCCUGGCAGAAAAAACUCUCCACUGCUGAUCAAGUGAUUACAAUCUGGUUUGAAGUACAACGGACAUGGUCACACUUAGAAUCAAUAUUUAUCGGUUCAGAAGAUAUACGUAAACAACUACCACAAGAUUCGUUAAGAUUUGACAGAAUUGAUCAUGAUUUUCGUCAGUUAGUCAGUGAAGUUGGACUGGAUCGUAAUGUUAUCAAGGCGACUAGUCGACCGAAUCUCUAUGAACGCUUAGAAGUAAUCCAAAAAGAUUUAGUUUUAUGCGAAAAAGCGUUAGCUGAAUACCUGGAAACGAAACGUUUAGCAUUUCCACGAUUCUACUUUGUAUCACCAACUGAUCUACUGGAUAUUUUGUCCAAUGGUAAUAUACCAGAACAAGUUACUAAGCAUUUAACAAAAUUAUUCGAUUCAAUGGCUACACUGAAAUUCCGUUCAAAAUCAGACGGUGGUAAGGGAAAUUCAAAAAUUGCUUAUCAAAUGGGCGCCAAAGAUGGCGAAGAAGUGAAAUUGUCUAAAGAUGUUAAUUUAGAUGGACAAGUUGAAGUAUGGCUGAAUAAGCUGUUAGAUGAAAUGCGCGCCACAAUCCGACAUUAUCUAUCAGAGGCUGUAUCAUCUUAUGAAGAAAAAGCCCGUGACCAAUGGUUAUUCGAUUAUCCUGCUCAAGUAUCAUUGGCUGGCUCACAGAUUGGCUGGUCAACAGAAGUCAACAUAAAUUUUGCUCGAUUAGAAGAAGGCUAUGAAAAUGCACUGAAAGAUUAUAAUAAGAAACAAGUACAACAAUUGAAUGCAUUAAUCACCUUAUUAAUUGGUGAAAUGAAUUCACAGGAUCGUCAAAAAGUCAUGACUAUUUGUACAAUUGACGUCCAUAAUCGUGAUGUUGUCAGUAAAUUGAUUUCACAGAAAAUUGACAAUGCCUUAUCAUUUACAUGGAUAAGUCAACUGAGACAUCGUUGGGAUGAAAAACACCAGGAUUGUUUUAUCAAUAUCUGUGAUGCACAAUUCCGUUAUGCACAUGAAUACCUUGGUAAUACACCAAGAUUGGUUAUUACACCACUGACAGAUCGUUGUUAUAUCACAUUGACUCAGUCGCUGCAUUUAACAAUGAGUGGUGCACCAGCUGGACCAGCUGGUACAGGUAAAACAGAGACAACAAAAGAUUUAGGCCGAGCAUUAGGCAUUAUGGUCUAUGUGUUUAAUUGUUCAGAACAAAUGGAUUAUAAGUCUAUUGGUAAUAUCUACAAAGGAUUAGCACAGUCUGGUGCAUGGGGUUGUUUUGAUGAAUUCAAUCGUAUAUCUGUAGAAGUAUUGUCUGUUGUAGCUGUACAAGUCAAAUGCAUACAAGAUGCUAUAAGAGAUAAAAAGAAACGUUUCAAUUUCUUAGGUGAAGAGAUUAGCUUAGAUUCAACUGUUGGUAUAUUCAUUACAAUGAAUCCUGGUUAUGCUGGACGUGCUGAAUUACCAGAAAAUUUGAAGGCGUUAUUUCGUCCAUGUGCUAUGGUUGUACCAGAUUUUGAGUUAAUUUGUGAAAUUAUGUUGGUGGCUGAAGGUUUUACAGAUGCAAGACUGUUAGCUAGAAAAUUUCUUACACUUUAUAAACUAUGCAAAGAAUUAUUAUCUAAACAAGAUCAUUAUGAUUGGGGUUUAAGAGCUAUCAAAUCAGUGUUGGUUGUAGCUGGUGCUUUGAAACGUAGUGAUCCAGGUCGUCCAGAAGAUCAAGUACUUAUGCGUGCGCUGCGUGACUUUAACAUUCCUAAAAUUGUUACGGAUGAUUUGCCUGUUUUUAUGGGUUUGAUUGGAGAUUUAUUUCCAGCCUUAGAUGUGCCGAGAAAAAGAGAUUUAGAACUUGAAAAACAAGUGAGACAAGCUGCAAUCGAUUUGAAAUUACAAGCUGAGGAUAAUUUUGUUCUGAAGGCUAUACAACUUCAAGAAUUGUUCGCUGUACGACAUUCGGUGUUUGUGUUAGGUAAUGCUGGUACAGGCAAGUCAAUGGUAUGGAAAACAUUAUAUCGUACAAAUUUAAAUAUGAAAAAGAAACCAGUUGCUGUUGACUUAGAUCCAAAGGCGGUUACAAACGAUGAACUCUUUGGUGUUAUUAAUCCAGCUACACGUGAAUGGAAAGAUGGUUUAUUCUCGGUUAUCAUGAGAGAUUUAGCCAAUUUAACACAUGAUGGACCUAAAUGGAUUGUACUCGAUGGUGAUAUUGACCCGAUGUGGAUUGAAUCAUUGAAUACAGUUAUGGAUGAUAACAAGGUUUUAACGCUGGCUAGCAAUGAACGUAUUCCACUUACUCCUACAAUGCGUUUACUAUUUGAAAUAAGUCAUUUGAAAACGGCUACACCAGCUACUGUAUCACGUGCUGGAAUAUUGUAUAUUAAUCCACAAGAUCUUGGGACAACUCCAUUUAUAUCUAGUUGGUUGGCUGCACGUGAACUCCAAUCCGAACAAGCCAAUUUACAAAUACUCUUCGAUAAAUAUGUACCACCAUGUUUGGAUGUUUUACGUGUACGCUUUAAAAAAAUUACACCAAUCGCAGAAAUUGCUCAUGUACAAAUGUUGUGCUAUCUACUUGACUGUCAUUUAACGCCAGAGAUUACGCCACCUGAUUGUCCUAAAGAAUUAUAUGAAUUAUACUUUGUAUUUUGUGCUGUAUGGGCAUUCGGUGGUUCACUGUUUCAAGACCAGUUGGUAGAUCAUCGUGUUGAAUUCAGUAAAUGGUGGGUAACUGAAUUUAAAACUGUAAAAUUCCCAACUAAUGGAGUUAUAUUUGACUACUUUAUUGAUCCUGUAAGCAAAAAAUUUGAACCUUGGUCAAAGAAGUUACCAGUCUUUGAAUUGGAUCCUGAACUUCCUUUACAGGCUAUGCUAGUCCCUACAACAGAAACAGUACGCAUACGUUAUUUCUUAGACCUUUUAUUACAACGUAGACGUCCAGUCAUGUUAGUUGGUAAUGCUGGUACUGGGAAAACUGUACUUGUACAAGAUAUCUUUUCAAGUUUCAAUGAAGAUAUUAUGAUAGCAAAUGUACCGUUCAACUUUUAUACAACUAGUGAAAUGCUUCAACGUGUAUUAGAAAAACCUUUAGAAAAGAAAGCUGGUCGAAAUUUUGGUCCACCGGGGAAUAAACGUCUCAUCUAUUUCAUUGAUGAUUUAAAUAUGCCCGAGGUUGAUACAUACUUUACAGUACAACCGCAUUGUUUAAUCCGACAGCAUAUUGAUCAUUCACAUUGGUAUGAUAGAACAAAAUUAACAUUGAAAGAAAUUAGUAAUACACAAUAUGUGGCUUGUAUGAAUCCAACAUCUGGUAGCUUUACAAUUGAUCCACGGUUGCAGAGACAUUUUUGCGUAUUUGGCUUAAGUUUUCCGGGUCAAGAAGCUUUGAAAACAAUCUAUUCAUCAAUAUUAAGUCAACAUUUAGCACUGAUCAACUGUCCGCCAACCUUACAAAAGUUUGCUAUAAAUAUAACUGACUGUGCCUUACUAUUACAUGCUAAAGUAGCGAGUGUAUUUCUGCCAACUGCAAUUAAAUUCCAUUACAUAUUUAAUUUACGUGAUUUAUCGAACAUUUUCCAGGGUAUAUUGUUUUCUGGAAAUGAAUGUAUUCGACAACCAACUGAUCUAGUACGUAUAUAG